AUGUCUCAACAACCAUCAGCAGAAACAUCUGUGCCAUCAUCAUCAACAACAUCCGAAGUGGUACCAAAGGCUAAUCCUUUCCAUGCACUGCCAAAAGUUACAAAGGAACAAUUAUUGGCUGGUGUGGAACAAUCAAGAUUGGAAUCUAUUUUGAGUAAAACUCAUGGAUUAUUUCCUCUCCUUGAUGAUAUUAAAGAUCUGAGAACUGCUUUGAAAAUUGUAAGGAAUGAUUUGGAAGCAUUGAAGCAACCAUUCCCAUAUGUUGAAAAACAUGAAAAUAAUAUGGCCUUUUUCAAUUACAAUUACAUGACAUGGUUUACUUUUGGAGAUUUGUCAGAAAGAAAAUUGGAUGACGAAAUUAGUGAAAUUAGAAGAGCUGCCUAUUUGUUUGCGAGAGAAUGCAGAGGAGUAUGUUAUGACUUGGAAACCGGAGCUUGUGCAUCAAGAGGUUUACAAAAGUUUUUCAAUGUUGGUGAAAAACCAGAAACUGAACCAACUUCAAUUGAUUUUACUGAAAAUCACAUUAUUUUAGAUAAGAUGGACGGUACUAUGGUUUGUUCAAUUCUUGCAAAAGAACCAAGUUUGAAUGAUGCCAACAAGAGACUUUUGAGAUUUAGAACUAAAAUGGGUUGGGUUACUGAUCCAUCAAAAUUAGCAGAAGCAUUUAUUUAUGGAAGUAAUGAUGCGUCACAAUUCCCAGUUAUUGAUAUGUCAAAUGAUGAAUACAGAUUAUCAGAUAGUUAUACAGGAAAGUUUAAAUCAUUCAUUGAAUUUUCCAUUUAUUGGAUCAAGAAGGGAUACAGUCCAAUCUUUGAAUUGGUCUCUCCUCAAAACCAAAUUGUAUUAUUAUAUGACCACACUUCAUUAGUGUUACUUGGCAUCAGAAAUAACUAUGAUGGUCAUUAUGUUUCCUAUGAAGAAACUAGAAGAUCAUGCGAAGAAUUCGGCGUAGAAUACACGAAACCACUUGCAAGUUUGAAUUCUGAAACAAAUUUGGAAAAUGUGCUGAAAUUCAUCAAGGAACAAAUUGGAAUUGAAGGUUUCGUCAUUAGAUUCGAACCAUCUGGAAAAAUGUACAAAAUCAAAUGUAGUUGGUAUCUCGAACUCCACUCUUGCAAAACUGAUAAUAAGAAGAUUUCAGACACUGAUAUUUGGUGGGCUGUUUUGCAAAAUACCGUAGAUGACAUUCAAAGUAAUUUGCAAACUAAGGAAAUGAAAACUGAGUUGGAAGAUUUCGUCAGUAACUUUUGGAAUGCAUUGAAUUCAUUCUGUCAAAAGAUAAUUGAAAAGGGAACAGAACUGAGAGAAAAGUAUCCAACCAAGAAGGAAUAUUUUGCUCAAGGUGUUCUCCCACUCCAAAAGGAAACAAAUAAGCUUUACUCUGAAUUUGUUUCUGGUUACUUUGAUUGGGAGGAUGAUAAGGUUCAAGAAAAGGUUCUUACAAAGCUUAUCAAAAAGUUGGAACCAACAGUAAAUACUAAGAAGAAGGUCAAGAAUAAUGUCCUCCAAGAAAUUAGGGAAUGUAUGGAACAAGUGACAGAAAUCAAACUCAACAUUUUCGAAAGUAAAUAUCUUGAAGAAAAGAAGAGAUAUGAUGAAACUCUCAAGUUGAGAAGAGAACAACAAUCCUCAUCUAGACCUCAAAUUUAUGAUGCCGAAGAACAAGAAUAAAUAGUGAGCUUUCUCAAUUUCAAUAAU